CAUGAACUGCAGCCUGCCAGACAGAGUGCUGCUCAGCUACGCGAUGGAUGGACAGCAGGACAGGUUGUGCCUUCAGUCUCUUUGGGACUUUGUCACAGCAAAGGAGCCAUUCAUCAAGUCACCAUUUUUUCCAGUGCUGUUUUCUUUUACAGCAUACAUGGCUUUCUGUCUUCCAUAUAUUGCACUGGACUUUUUAAGCACUAGACUACCAAACUUGAGAAAAUACAAAAUCCAGCCACAGAACUAUCCAACUCUUGGAAUGAUGGUGCCUUGCAUUAUUCAAAGUGCAUAUCACCAUGCUGUUCUGAUCUUCCCGGUGACAUUUCUCCACUGGUACUGGAGACCAAUGAAUCUACCAGUGAUAGCUCCAGAGCUGCCUGAGGUCCUGCUGGGAGUAGUAGUUUGCCUGCUUCUGUUUGAUUUUGAGUACUUCCUGUGGCAUUUGCUUCAUCACAAGGUGCCUUGGCUCUACAGGACCUUCCACAAGGUGCAUCACAAGCAUGUGUCAACGUUUGCUCUUACUACACAGUACUCCAGUGUAUGGGAAUUGCUCUCACUGGGAUUUUUUGCUGCUAUCAACCCAGUGCUCCUCGGAUGCCACCCUUUGACAGAAAUGAUUUUCUUCCUUGUAAACAUUUGGUUGUCAGUGGAGGACCAUUCAGGCUAUGACCUUCCAUGGUCAACUCACCGACUUGUGCCGUUUGGUUUGUAUGGAGGAGCACCGCAUCAUGAUCUCCAUCAUCUGAAAUUCAAAUCAAACUAUGCUCCUUACUUCACCCACUGGGACAAACUCUUCGGGACAUUCACAGAGUCGCAUUAUAAUUAAGGAUAUAUACCUGUGAAUGAACUCUUAUCUUUUAUAGACUAAACUGGGACAUUAAGUUUUGAAAGACGUACAAAAGAUUGUAUAUUUGAAGCUGCCUAAGCAAUAGCUAUUUAUAAAAAUCCUCUUAAUAUAUGUGUAUUUGUAUGUAUACUUGGAACUGCCUAUGUUAAGUGACUGCAAAUGGGAAGGUAAAUAUCUGUUGCUUAAAUUUGUUUGAGUCAAAGGUGUAAGGGAAGCAUUAAGAGACAUUCUCUCUUCUUUCCUUCUUUUCAGCUUUCAUAAAGCAUGUAUUGUAUUACUGUAUGGUGUUUUAUACAUACGCCAGAACAAUUAUCUUACUGUUGUAGGAUGAUUCAUGAUGUAAACAGAAAAGGUACACAUCAUGGAUUUUGUGGAGUUUAAUCUGCCAGAGCAUAUUAUUGCACAAUGAUGUUGUAAAAUAUUGCUGCCAAACAAAGCUAGUUGGCUACCUGUGCAAUAAUUUUGAUAUUUAUAUUUUAAAACUUGAUGUACUAUCUGUUUUUAAUAGAAAAUAAAUAUGGUCAUUCUUU